UUUUUCUUUUUCAACUCAUUUUUUCUUUAAUAUCGGAUAAUAUUAUCUAUAUUAUCUUUGGGUAGUUGUAUAAAAAUAUUUUCUAAUAUUUUAAUCUUUAUUAAAAUCUAAUAAACAUCUAAUAGAAAAAAAAAAUCAUCUUUUUUUAUUUGUGUUUUACAAUCAAAGUAAAGGCCUUAAAAAGAGAUACAGAGAAAAAGAUAAACGGUUAAAUAGGCCGUAUCGAACCAUAGUCGAAGGAAAAGAAAAAAAAAAGUGGAGAUAAAGAUCAAACAGAAAGCAGCCGUUCGCACACAGUAGCAGAAGAUCCGCUUCUGUCAUCACCAAAUAUUUUGAGUGGAGAUUUAAAUUCCCACUUUUCUCCACAACAGUUGUGAAAAUGGCGAGCUACCUGUGGAGGAAAUACGCUGAUUAUGUGUACACGAAGUGGGAGAGAACGCUUCUGUGGGACAUGAUCGAGAAGUAUAAGCGUCCCAGAUCGUUUACCCCUCUCAUCACAAUCUAUGUCUGUGCUUUUUACACAGGGGUUGUUGGGGCUGCAAUCACCGAGCAACUCUACAAGGAGAAAUACUGGGAAGAGCACCCUGGGCACGAUGUUCCAUUGAUGAAGCCAAUGUUCUAUAAUGGGCCUUGGAGAGUUAUGAGAGGCGAUGUUCCUCCAUUCGUCAAGAAUUAGUCAAAGCAGCCACGGGUUAGCCGUUGCUACUCACUGCAUACCAUAUAUGCACUUGCACUUUUCCCAGGAACUGCAGCAUCAUAUUUGUUGUUGAUGGAGUGCCUCACGUAUAAAACUAUUAGAAAAAUCCGAUGCGUUGUGAUUCUUAGUCAUGCCAAGCCAAGUCAUAGAUGUAUGUCAUCAAAUUAUGGUCAUUUGCUAGAUAUAUACGAAUAAUCUUGGUAUGAUGAUGAUCCCCAACUUUGUUUGCGUUUAUGAAUGCAGAGAAAAGUGGAAGUUGGAUACAUCAUAAAUGAUCAAUAGAUGAACUCAUGUGGUUGAGCUUAUGUUUUUGCCA